AUGGAGGAAGAGGUCGAGGUUGAGCCGGAGACGCGCGCGGUGGGAAGGGAGGAUGAGUGGGCACUGCCGGGCACACUGCGAGGGGCCACAUCGUUGACGGAUGCGGACUGCGUCCCCCCCUGCGGUGGAACGGAGGACGAGAGGGCGGGAGCCGGAGGACAAGGGCUGGAUGAGUUCGAAGGCACGGGUGGGGGAACGGCGGCGUCGGAGGACACGGAGGAACUGGAAUGCCGGACCCCGGACGAGGCAGAGGCAGCAGAGGAGGGAGGUGUGGAUGUGUGA